GGCCUUCAGCUUUCAGGCCUAUGAUUACUGGCUAUACCACAGUCUUUUCCACCAUGAUUUCUCUUCUGCCUAGUUUUUUCCAUUCCUUAAAUAUCUAGAGUGUCUCUUAGAUAUUCAAUUUUACCGCGCCAUUGUCAAUUGUGCCGACCUUGUUCUUCCACGACCAUCUCACACACUCUUUUUGCAUUGAAGGAUACCCAGCAGCAGCAGAUAAAUAUGAAUACACGCCGUGCAGACAGUGACCCAACGGGGGAUGCAGUAUCAUUCUCCUUCUAUCACUAUGAUCCGAGCAUGGCCGGUGCCGUAAUCUUUAUCAUUCUUUUCGCGGGAACGACGCUCUUUCAUAUUUACCAGAUGGUCAGAACCCGAACUUGGUUCUUCAUCCCUUUUGUGAUUGGAGGCAUAUUUGAGGUACUCGGCUACAUAGGGCGCGCCCUGUCCAGUCGGGAAUCUCCAAACUGGACCCUGGGACCAUAUCUCAUCCAAACUUUGUUCCUUCUUCUCGCUCCAGCCCUGCUCGCCGCUUCUAUAUACAUGUACCUCGGACGAAUAAUACUGGUUCUGCGAGCCGAGUCCCACGCAAUCAUGAGAAAGAAAUGGUUGACCAAAGUCUUCGUGACGGGGGAUGUCCUGUCUUUCCUCCUGCAAGGUUCUGGCGGCGGUAUCCAAAGCGGCGGCAGUCUUGACAGCAUGAAGCUAGGAGAGAAGAUUAUCGUCAUCGGCCUUUUCGUCCAAAUAUUCUUCUUCGGCUUUUUCAUCGUCACGGCAGGCUCAUUCGACUUAAAAUUAAAGAAAUAUCCUAUUCCGCGAUGCCACUCCGCUGAGAUCCCCUGGAGGAAACAUAUGAAUGUGUUAUACGCAUCGAGCAUGCUGAUCAUGAUCCGGUCUGUGUUCCGCUUGAUUGAGUAUCUACAGGGGAAUAACGGGUAUCUGCUGCAUCAUGAAAUUUUCCUAUAUAUCUUUGAUGCGGUGCUGAUAUUUAUCACGAUGGUCAUCUUCAAUAUCUGUCACCCGAGUGAGAUUGGUCGGCUUUUGGCUAAUGAGGCGGAGUAUGAACUCAAAGAUACGUUCAGUACUGUACCGUGAUGGUGUUCUUGUAUAGAUUGCAGACGAAAC